GUUCGUCAAUUCAUAUGAAUUUAAACAAGUCAACACGCUCACGUUAUCACCUUCUCCUUCGGUAGUGUCUUUCUAGGGUAGCUGUAAUAUGAGGAAGGUUUUUCACAGCAGUAAUUUUUUCUGUCAACGGAUAAAGUAACAAAUAGAAAAAAAUUAAUUAUUUGACAGAUGUUGACUUUUUGGUAUUUAUAGAUGAACUUGUGGAAAAUGUGGAAAGCAUAAACCUUUUUAGUGCCUCUCCCUUAUUACAAAAUAAUAACUAUAGGUAUAUAUAUAUAUAUAUAUAUAUAUUUUUUUUUUUAACUAUAGGUAUAUGAUUCCAUAUUAAAUUGGACUAGAACCAACCUCGAACAUUGACGGCAAAAAAUUUAAAUUUUUUUAACACUGAUAAUCGAUUAUAUCAUUAUAUAAUAUCUUUUUAUGUUUCAUAUGAUAAUUACAACAUAUGUAAUUAUGAUGAGAAUUUCAAAGACAAAGAUUUCACAAUAUAGUUUACCCUGUAACAUUCGAAUUGAUUGGCGGUUCUACGUGUACUACAUAUGACCAUAACAAAUGAUUCUGUAUUCAGCACUGAAAUUUCCGAUAAUCUUGUGUUCUAUAACUGUAAGAAAUUAUUUUUCUGAAAUCGAACCCCAAACAUGGUAUAGAAACCUUUAAACUUUGACAAAUGAAUUACAAUGCUUUCACAAUUUUUUUUUAUCAUCUACCAAAAAGAAAAAGAGAAUAUAAGAAGUGUUGGACCAUAGUUACACAGAUUCUAAGGAAAAUAAAGUAUAUAAUCUUUUUAAUAAAGUCUAUACUUAUCUAUCAAAAAUUGUCUUUGGAUACUUUUAGAAUCAUCAAAAACCAUUUAAAUACCCAUUGAAAUGCUUAAAUAUUUUAAAAAGCCCAGGAGAACAGAUGACGUGUGUUAUGUAGUUGUUAGAUAUUGAAAAUAAUAGGUAUGCACGAAAGGAAAAUCAGGUGGUAUCCAUCUUGGAAAGGCGACUAAACCCUUUCCGUUGACAAAACUGAAUAAAACAAACAUACCAGAUCACCAAUAACCUUGAAUAUAUAUCUUUUUUUUUAUCAAGGACUAUAUUAUAAAAAAAAAACUCAAUUAUUAGACCAUGAGUUCGUAUAUGGUGAAGUAAGGGUUAUAUUGAAAAGUUAAGCCCGCCCUCUUCUGAUUGUCAUUGACUUCAAAGUAAACCUAUAUCUCUUCUUUUCCAAUCAAGAUUCUCUAUAUAUAAAAGAGAUUCAAGAAACAUAUAACUACAGAAAGAAAAAAAACAAAGAAACAAAUGGAGACAUGGAGAAAAAUGAAAUCUUUUGGGCAUAAGAGCUCUUCAAGCACGGCUUCGAUCACCAAGAGCAAGUCUUGGAAUGGCUCUGCUCAUCUCGAGAAUGCUAAUAACAAGGAAUCAACAGGAAAGAUCAAGAAAAAAUCGCCGCCGCCGCCACCACACGGAUGUUUCACAGUUUACGUGGGUCCCACGAAAGAGAGAGUCGUGGUGAAAACGAAACUGUUGAACCAUCCUUUGCUCAAGAACUUGUUAGAAGAAGCAGAGGCUGAAUAUGGAUAUAGACGUGAUGGGCCUAUUGUUCUUCCUUGCGAGGUUGACUUCUUCUACAAGGUUUUGGCUAAUAUGAAGUUUAAUGGUGAUGAGUACGAUGAAGAAGAUGAUGAUGAUGAUGGUAUGAUUAACCCUCCGAUUUGCGGUUUGGGUAGUCCCUAUAGAUGUGCUGGUCUCGAGUCCAUGGGCGUGAGACGUAGCGGCUCGUACAAGCUUCUUCGAUCUCCAUCUUUGUUCAAAUUAAGUAGGUUUUGAUUUUUUUGUUUGGUUUUUUGAAAAUGAUAUAUAGGUUUUGAUUUUCUUUUUUCCCUUCUCCAUAAUACUAGGUAUCUAAGAUCUUGUUCAUACCAUUACCUUAUGCAUAAAAGAAAAAUGCGAGGAAAAAAAAGAACCCUCACAUUUCCCUAAAUGUGAAAUGUUUGAUUUUUCUGAGAUUUUGAUGUCUGAUUUUGUAUCUUAAUUUACAUGUGAGUGUUUUUGGAUGACGCAAACUUUGAAUUAAAGAAAUUACU